GAUAUGACCAUUUGCUGAAGCAACCGCAAUUGUUAACACAUAUUUCCUUGAAAAUGACCUUCCAGUCCCAUCUUUCGAUAUCUCUGGUCUGUCUAGAAUUUCAAUUCCUCCUAAUGAAUACGAAGUGGCGAAAGCAUAUGCCGAAGUCUUCAGCACGACCAUGGAGCUACACCAUCUGAUGCUGGGGCCAACUGCUGUACUGAUGGGAAUUUUGGUUCGUAUCUCGCCUAGUCUGCGCUACUUCACGAAACAUUUACGGGAUGUAGGAGACUUGAGCUGACCCACGAGAUCAGCUAGUAGAUAGUCUGAGUCUACAUUGCAUUUAUGCUUAUAAGAUGGCACAUGCUUUCCCUGUCGGUACUGAGGCUACUUUUGAAGAUAUUUCAGAGAAAUGUGGUCUGAAUCUCAUCGAUACUCGCAGAAUAUUGCGUCAUGCUAUGACAAAUAAUAUCCUCCAGGAGACACGCUCUGGUAUUGUAGCCCACACUGCAGCAUCCAAACAGAUCCUUUGAUAUCGGAUUUUGUGGGCAUCGCGAGUGAAGAACGUUUUCAAGCAGCUGCAUACGUUACGUAUCAUCUCACUCGAGGGUUGCUUAGACUGACGGAGAUUUAGACAACGCAGGCGCUACAGAAAUUUGGAUAUGCGAAGGAGCCAAAUCAAUCUGUGGGUAGAUAUUUGCUUUCUCGUCAAGUGUCUUUACAUCAAUUUCGAAGGUUACAGUAGCAAUUUACUUACGAUUGGCUUUCAGGGGUUUAUUUUAGGCCAUCAAACUACCAAUGGUCUUUAUGAAGAGGUACGCUCCCACCCAUCUCGUGGCCAUCGCUGGGCCAAUGCCAUGAGUGCCUAUGCGUCAAAAAUCACCCUGGCGCCAUUGAUCAGUACUUAUGAUUGGGCAAGCCUCGGUUCCGCAACUGUUGUAGAUGUUGGCGGUGGUUAUGGUCCUGUUAGCAUUGGACUUACAAAAAGUUUUCCGUCUGAGAUUUAUCGUGCAAGAUUUUGCAGAUGUAGUUGCGGACGGUCCAGCGCAUGUACCCUCUGACAUCUCUUCCGACAGAAAUAACUUUCAUGCCAUAUGAUAUGUUAAAGCCACAAACUUUCAGAGAAGUUGACGUUCUUUUUUUCGCGCAGUACUACACAACUGGAAAGAUCAUUACUGCGUCCAACUUUUAAAAAAACCAAAUUCCGGCAUUGAAGAAAGGGUCAGUAUUGGUGAUUGUAGAGCCUCAACUGGCAGAACCGGGACAAUUGUCUUGGUUUGAAGAGAAACGAUUGAGGUGAGUGAACAGUCUAAGUUUGUGAUGAAUUCCACGAUCUUAUGUACCCUGGCUUGUAGAACAAUAGACCUUAAUAUGCUUUCAUACUUUGGAUCACGCGAAAGAUCCGUGGCUGAUUGGGAAGGAAUCAUCAAGGAAGCUGAUGAAGAGUUUGAAUUUGGGAAAGUUGCGAAUUUGGCAAUGGGGCGAAUUGUUUGAUGGUAAGUACUUUGGACUGGAGAAUAAGUCAUUCUGUAAUUGCGUGAGUAUGGGGAAACUUCUCCCAUUCUCGCAGUACUCUUUCUCGUUUUCGCUGGACUUAACCACAGUCAAUCCUGCAGGACUCUUUGUCGGUUCAACGUCUUGCUG